AUGUUGCCUCUGUUUAGCAUUCCACUAAUUAUUAUAAUAAUUUUGGUCAUUGGAGGGUUUGUUGGAAACGGAUUUAUUGCAGUCAUUAACUACUUUGUCUGGAUCAAAAGUAGAAAAAUCUCUUCUUCUGAUAUGAUCCUGAUCCCUCUGAACACAUCAAGAUUUGUGUUGCAGGGGACAUUAACAGUGCCUAUCCACAGUCUCUACUUUCCAAAUAUACUCAAACUGGCUCCUCUGUAUAUAGCAUCUGUUAUCCUAUGGAUGUUUGUAAACCAUGCCAGUCUCUGGUUUGCCACCUGCCUCAGCGUCUUGUUCUGCAUGAAGAUCAUCAGUUUCACCCAACUGCUCUUACUGUGAAUGAAGCAGAGAAUCUAUGGGAUGGUUCCAUGGCUGUUCCUGGGGUCGGUGCUGGUUUCUUCUCUCACCUCUGUCCCAUUGUUGUGGACUCUGUGUACAAUUCAGCACUGCAACUCAACAGGGGAUCAUCUAGAGAACAACUCUGUGACAGACAUUAAUUGGCAUAGCCCAGAUCUCUUUUUUUUUCUGUAUAUUGUAGAGAGUUUCAUUCCUCUUACAAUAUCUUUGGUGUCUUCAAUCCUGUUAAUUACUUCUCUAUGGAGUCAUACCAAGAAGAUGCAGCAAAAUAUAACCAGCUUCAGGGAUCCCAAAACAGGUGCUUAUAUAAAUGCCAUAAAAGCACUGAUCUUUUUCCUUAUCCUCUAUAACUACAUCUGGACUUUUGAAAUCUGUGCAAUAAUGAUUGUUGCAUAUGCUUCGGUACACUCCAUUAUCUUAAUUUUAAUUAAUUCCAAACUAAAAGAUGCAUCAGUAAGGAUUCUCCAAAGUACAAAGUGCCAUCUGAGAAAAGAGACUUUUUAA